AUGGGCACGGUUCAAAAAGGAAUGUCCCAUAAGUGCUACCACAGCAAAACCAGAAGAGUCUACAAUGUCACCCAGCAUACCGUGGGCAUCAUUGUCAACAAGCAGGUUAAGGGCAAAAUUCUGACCAAGAGGAUCAAUGUGCGGAUUGAGUGCCUCAAGCAUUCAAAGAGCAGAGACAGCUUCCUGAAGAGGGUGAAGGAGAACGACCAGAAGAAAAAGGAAGGCAAAGAGAAGGGCACCUGGGUGCAGCUGAAGCGCCAGCCUGCGCCACCCAGAGAAGCACACUCUGUGAGGACUAAUGGAAAAGAGCCUGAGCUGUUGGAGCCCAUUCCAUAUGAAUUCAUGACCUAA